AUGGGUGAAGACAUCUCGGUAGGUGCGAUAUUGGAUGGAAGUGAUGUGUGGGACAAGAAACGUAGCUUGAGCUUGGCAAUUGGGCAAGAAGAAAGGCUUGAGAAACCUCAUCUGGAUACCGAGGCGGCACUUUCAUCACAGUCGGUAUUAUGUAUCAAAAUCUCACAGUGGAUCUCAUCAAGUCGACAUGUCACUGAGCAACAGCACGAAGUGAGCAUCAUUACUACAGAGUAG